AUGGCAGGCAUUAUCUCCGCCGCCAACCUGGGUGGCAUCGCUGAUCCCAGACUCGGCAAUGAGGCGGACCUGAUUGGCACCGAGGCCGAACACGGGGUAGUCAUCGAAGACCACACCGGCCACCCCCAGCAUGGCAAACACAGAUCGCUGCACACCAUCUCCGCCCCCGUCAUGCACGGCAAGGACACCAUCUACCUCGACAAGAGCAUCUCCUUCGAGAACUACCUGUUCUGGGCCAAGCGCUCGCGGGAGGUCGAGAAGCACAUCCGCACCGACAACCAGGGAUUACAGCAGUGGUGGAAUCUGAUGCUGGGUCGGGGCACGCGGAACACCACCCCUGCGCCGCAGAUUGUCGAUUCCACCGUCCAGGAGAAGAGCCCCGUGGCGGACGGGGCGAUGGCUGCGGCGGGGGAUGAGAAGGUGCGGCCGGAGAAGGAGGAUAGCAACACCGCGGGCGACCAGCACGGCCACGAUGGCGGUCGGGUGGAUCAGUAUGGCAUUCUCGAGACGGAGUGGGAGCAGGCGCAGCGUGCAGCCCGGACGGCGACGUGGGGGUCCAUCUUCUAUCUAAUCACGACCGAUAUUUUGGGUCCCACGAAUGUGCCGUGGGCGAUUAGUCAAAUGGGUUAUGGCCCUGGUUUUGCGCUGUAUACGGUGUUUGGUAUCAUGGCCUAUUACUCCGGAAUGCAGCUCUGGAAGAUCUUCAAUGGUCUCGAUUCGGCCCGCUAUCCCAUGCGCAACUACGGUGAUGUCGCUUUCCGGAUCUUCGGCUCCUGGGCGCGCAUCUUCGUCAACGUCCUUCAAAGCUUCCAGUUCUUCCUGAACGUGACCUUGCUGAUUGUCAGCAACGGACAGGGGUUGGCGCAGAUGGUUGCCGGAGAGGAUGGGACGGGCUACCUCUGCUUCAUCGUGUGCGAACUCAUCUUCAUGCUCUGCGGCUUUGUCCUGGGCCAGAUCCGCACCCUGCAGCGCCUGUCCUGGCUGUCGAACCUCGCCAUCUGGAUGAACUUCACCGUGAUUCUCAUCACCGCUGCGAUCAAGGCCUCCUCGGGCCUGACCAUAGGUCCCGUGGUCACGAGUGCGAACUGGCCCGCGCAUGGUACCUUGUAUAGUCGCAUGACAGCGGUGAUGAAUUGUGUGUUUGCCUAUGGAGGAGCGACGCUUUUCAACGAGCUGAUGGCGGAGAUGCGACGCCCAUUCGACUUCUGGAAGGGCUUCAUUUGCGCCGAGGUGUUCAUCUACGUAUGCUAUCUGGUGGAGGGUAUGGUGGUGUAUAACGCGCAAGGACAGUUUACCUACAACCCGGCGUACCAGGGCAUCCCCGACUCAGCCUACCGAUACCAGACGGCCGGAAACGCGCUCUCCCUCAUCACCGGAGUCAUCGCUGCCCUGUUGUACGGCAACAUCGGCAUCAAGGUCUUCUACGCCUCCGUCCUCCGUGACGUCUUCCACCUCCCCCCACUGGACCACCGGACGGGGAAAUUGAUCUGGAUCGGACUGGUCCCCGUCUACUGGUGCCUCGCCUGGGUCGUCGCCGCCGCCAUCCCCCAAAUCAGCAACCUGACCUCCUUCGUCGGCGCCCUCUGCAUCCUGCAAUUCUCCUACACCUUCCCGCCCAUGCUGCUCGUCGGCUUCAACGUGCAGAAGGACGCGAUCCUCCCCGAGGAGACCUUCGACCCGCACACGGGCGAGACGCGGCGCGUCGAUGGGGGCUGGCAGCGCUGGAUGCGCGGGUACCGGCAGAAAUUCGCCCGCAAUACCUUUGAUGUGCUGUACUCGUUGGCCGCGCUGGGGACGGCGGGGCUGGGCCUGUGGGCGUCGAUUAAAGCGAUGGAGGCGGAUUUCGCGUCGACCCCGUUGACCCCGUUUACUUGUACGAACCCGGCGAGUUAAAGUGGCGGAGGGGAAUUUGGUAAGUGGUGAAGCUGGCAGUCUGUUGCUGCAAGGGUAGAUGUGGGAUGGGCAGAUUGUCUCGGUAGUCUAUGGCAUUUCGCUUUCGCAUGAGGGUACUUAUAAAGGCUAUUGGUGUGCCUGGCGGGUUUUGGAUUUGCUGGUUGUUGAUGGCACUGUCUAUCCUCGCGUUGGAUCGCAUUGAGACGUCUUUUGCUGUCUGGUUUUGAAGGUGCUGUUUC